CGCCCAAAAUUGGAGGAAUUCAUCCUCCAAACCAAAGAAUUCAAUUUCCAUGUCCCUUAGCUGAUUUUUGCCCUCUCACCAAGCCCUUGGGCGAUUGUGCCCCACCUUCUCACCCGAACAGCCCACGGCCCUCUCGUCAUUUUCUUCCCCAAUGAUCCCUGUGGCCGGUGCGACGGCGAGGAAGAGACGGCGAGCUGACGAGGAUGACGGUGACAUCAAUCCAUCGUCUUCAGCCUCACAUCUUCGAUCCCACUUCUUCCUUCCUCUAGUGACAGCGACGGCAACCUCCUCAUUGAUUUCAACCUCAUGACAGCUACGACGACAACGACCUCCUACAGUGACAGUGACGAUUUCCCUUCUCUGUCGACGGCAGAACCCCUUCGAUUUCUAGGUGAUUUCUGGUUUCGAGCUCUAGGUGAUUCCCUUCAGCGUCUUCACUUGCUAUCUUACUGUGAUUAUCACUGUAAUUUAAUCUUCAAUUCAGUGUAGAAAUUCCCUUUAAACCUUUUUAUCAUACAAAUACUAGUUUAUAUAUCGAAUGCACCCCAAGUUUUCCUUCUUGUUAACUUACAAUGCCAGAAACUACUCAUGCUUCUUUUCAAGCUCUUUAUCAACUUUCCCCGAAAACACCGUACUAAAUGUUCUCAAGAAAUGCAUUACUCUUUUGCAACUAUGUGCCUCUUCGAAUUAUAAAUUGAGGCAGAUCCAUGCAUUUUCCAUUAGGCAUGGUGUCUCAAUCAAAGACCCUGAAAUGGGCAAACAUCUUAUCUUCACAAGUGUGUCCCUUUCUGUAUCCAUGUCCUAUGCUUCUCGUAUUUUUUCCCAAAUCCAAAAUCCGAAUAUAUUUACUUGGAACACCAUGAUUAGAGGCUAUGCUGAAAGUGAAAACCCAAGGCCUGCAAUUCAUUUGUACCGAGAGUUGCAUGUUUCUUCUGUUGAACCUGACACCCACACUUACCCUUAUCUUCUUAAGGCUGUUUCUAAGUCGGCCAAUUUUAGGGAGGGUGAAAUAAUACAUGCUGUUACUAUCAGAAAUGGUUUUCAGACGUUGCUUUUUGUCCAGAACACUUUGCUUCAUAUGUAUGCUGCUUGCGGGGAAACAGAGAGUGCACACCAGAUGUUUGAGUUAAUGUCGGAGAGGGAUCUUGUGGCUUGGAAUUCUGCGAUAAAUGGUUUUGCUCUCAAUGGAAGGCCCAAUGAGGCUCUGACUCUGUUCAGAGAAAUGAGUUUGGAAGGUGUGGAGCCAGAUGGGUUCACUAUGGUUAGCUUGUUGUCUGUUUGUGCUGAGAUAGGAGCUUUAGAGUUAGGUCGGAGGGUCCAUGUAUACAUGUGGAAGGUUGGUUUUCUGGAGAAUUUGCAUGCUACUAAUGCCUUAUUGGACCUUUAUGCAAAAUGCGGGAGCAUUAGAGAGGCCCAGAAAGUGUUCAAUGAGAUGUGUGAAAAGAAUGUGGUUUCUUGGACAUCUUUGAUAGUUGGUUUAGCUGUUAAUGGAUUUGGUGAGGAAGCAAUUGUACUUUUCAAAGAGCUGGAAAGACAAGGGCUAAAGCCUAGUGAGAUAACUUUUGUUGGUGUCUUGUAUGCUUGCAGUCAUUGCGGUAUGUUAGAUGAAGGAUUCAAUUACUUUGAAAGGAUGAAGCAGGAAUAUGGUAUUGAGCCAAGGAUAGAGCACUAUGGUUGCAUGGUAGACCUGUUGGCCAGGGCAGGUUUGGUGAAACAAGCCUAUGAGUAUAUUCAAAAUAUGCCAUUACAGACUAAUGCAGUUAUUUGGAGGAUGCUAUUAGGGGCGUGCACAAUACAUGGACACUUGGAUCUAGCAAAAAUAGCAAGAUCUCACCUUUCAGAGUUAGAGCCAAAUCAUAGUGGGGAUUAUGUUCUCCUUUCCAAUCUUUAUGCCUCUGAACGUCGUUGGUCAGAUGUUCAGAUGGUGAGGAGGUCAAUGUUGAAUGAUGGUGUUAAGAAAAACCCAGGCUUUAGCCUAGUUGAGUUGGGAAAUCGUGUCUAUGAAUUUACCAUGGGCGAUAGAUCUCAUCCUCAAAGUGAGGUUGUAUAUGAGCUUCUAGAGAAGAUCACGGAAUUGUUGAAGUCAGAAGGGUAUGUACCUCACACUGCAAAUGUUCUGGCUGACAUAGAAGAAGAGGAGAAAGAACAAGCUUUGUCUUAUCAUAGUGAAAAGGUUGCAAUUGCUUUUAUGCUCUUAAAUACAACGCCAGGGACCCCAAUAAGGGUUCUCAAGAAUUUGAGAGUUUGUGCAGAUUGUCAUAUGGCUAUUAAACUCAUAUCAAAGGUUUAUAAUAGAGAGAUUGUUAUCAGGGAUAAUAGUCGCUUCCACCAUUUCGGUGGUGGUUCAUGUUCCUGUAAGGAUUAUUGGUAAUAUAUGGAAAUAUGGAGACUUGGCAACGCCAUUUAUUGGCUGUCUUGUGCUAAGAGCUCUGUUGGUUUUGAGGUUUUCCUUUUGCGUUGGAAUUGUUUAUGAGAAAUUGUGAAAUUUCUUUUUCUAUAUUUGGUCUACCUCUGACCAUAUACCCGAUGAUUCUGAUUCAAUAAUAUGUUCCCAUUUACUUGGUAAA